AUAAAACCCCAACGCAUUUCCUAUGCUUAAAACCUGCGAAAAAGUUAACAAAAAAAAAAAAAAAAAAAAAGUGCCCUCAAAAUUUCCUGGUUCCGUCAACUUCUGCCCCAAAUCUCUUCUCAAAGCCCAACGAUGAUGCCGUCUCGGGUCGGCGGAUCGAUGAUUCUGGUGCGGCAACUAGGCCUGCGAAUGUCCUCCACAUAUUCGUCGUCCGUGGCGGUGGUGCGCGCGGUUUCCGGUGCUCAGUUCAAUGAUAUGUUGUUUGGAUCCAGAUCAUCCUCCGCCGCAUCGGCAACGAUUGUGAGGUUCUUACCGGUGCGGAUGGCCAGUACAUCCGCAGCCACGGCAUCAGUCGGUGGGAACGAUGAUGAAUCAUCGGAAGGGAAAGCCUCUGCCGCCGCGAAUCCUUCUGAUUCGAAUCAGAUGACGAGCUAUUGGGGCGUCGCGCCUCGCAGGCUCUUCAAGGAGGAUGGGUCCGAGUGGCGAUGGUCCUGCUUUAGGCCAUGGGAUACGUAUAUGUCUGAUACGACGAUCGAUCUUAAGAAGCACCACGCUCCGACUGUGUUUUUGGACAAAAUUGCUUAUUGGAUGGUAAAGCUUCUCCGGGUUCCCACCGACAUAUUCUUCCAGAGGAGAUAUGGUUGCCGGGCGAUGAUGCUGGAAACCGUCGCAGCAGUCCCAGGAAUGGUCGGCGGGAUGCUCCUCCAUCUCCGUUCACUUCGCCGUUUCGAGCACAGUGGCGGGUGGGUUCGCGCCCUGCUCGAGGAAGCCGAGAACGAAAGAAUGCAUCUCAUGACCUUCAUGGAAGUCACACAGCCGCGGUGGUAUGAACGAGCCCUUGUCAUUACAGUGCAGGGAAUUUUCUUCAAUGCUUAUUUCGUGGGCUACCUUUUAUCGCCCAAAUUCGCUCACCGCGUUGUUGGCUACCUUGAAGAGGAGGCUAUCCACUCUUAUACUGAGUUUCUCAAGGAGCUCGACAAUGGUAACAUUGAGAACGUGCCGGCCCCGAUGAUCGCCAAGGACUACUGGCGCCUGCCACCGGACGCAACGCUGCGAGACGUCGUCAUGGUUGUUCGCGCCGACGAGGCUCAUCACCGUGACGUCAACCACUUUGCUUCGGACGUUCAUUAUCAGGGUAUGGACCUGAAGCAGGCACCGGCUCCAGUUGGUUAUCACUAAAUUUGUGACAUUGCAAUCUAUCGCCAUGAACUGUUUUGUAGGGGUAUGUAUAGUUAAGCCGUAUCUAUAAGCAUAUCUAUUGAGUAUCUUGUAAUGUUUGCUAAUAAUGUGGGUAUUGAACUAGUUUUUAUUGCUUAACUUUGCAAACUUCUAUGCCUAUUUAUUAGUUUUUUUUGUUGAUGAUGUGAUGUAGGCACCAACAUUGACUAUUAUUUUUUGGGUGAAAGAUGCUUCUGUUG